AUGGCUGGAGCUAAUCAUGAAGUUGUGAAAACUAUAAAUAUGCAUAGCCACGAACCAUCUGCAGCUCAAGAAGCAGAGGAUAAAAUCGUUACAAAAAUUAAGAAAAGCACUAUAGAAACACAAGAAUUGACAUGUCAAGUAAUCAACGAAUGCACCCAAAAUAGUGAUGUCGCUUGUCAAGGAGCUCUCCCCAAUCAACAAGCGUUAAAGAAGCUAAUCAGGAGGAAACGCAACGAAGAAAAAUCAAGCUCCGUCGAAUCCUAUAACUCUGGCUUCCCUCGAAAUUCCUGA